GACCAGCCCCGCUCAGACUCGUGUUGGGGAAGAGCAACCUGACAGCCGCGGCCAGAUCCCGAGCCACUCAUCCCAAGAGGGUUUCAUCUCAAAUCUCUCGGAUAUCUGCACCCAGCACCAGGCUUUUGGGAACUGCCCCCCCUCGUCCUCCUCCUCUCUUAUUAUUUAUUUGUUCCUCACCCCCCCACCCGGCUCUCGGAUUUAAACUCCUUUCCAGAGAGGGUGUCAAGUGAAAGCUGGACCAGAGAUGCGGUGCCUUCUCCCGCUGGCUGUGUAUUGCAUCAGCCUGGUUUCCCUCCAGCAGCUGCUGGCGCUGCCGGCCGAGGAGCGUCCCGUCAGCGACAGGUUGGACCUCCUCAGCACGCUCAUCGACCAGAGAGAGGAUAAAGCCUUGGCGUCAGGAGGUCAGCCUAACAUGGCCAUCCCCUCCUCAGCCCCCAGCCAAUCCCCAGAAUGGCUGCCCGGUUUCCUCAGACAUCCACCGGUCUCAGGAGUGAGAACAGCCUCGCCAAGCCUGGCAUGGCUCGCCAAGGCUUCGCACGUCAAGCGGAGUUUGCUGAGAGUUCGUCGCCAUGCCCACUCCGGUUCACGAGGGGGUCACCACUACCCUCAUCACGCCCAGUUGAUGAGAGUGGGUUGUGUCCUGGGAACCUGCCAAGUGCAGAACCUCAGCCACCGACUCUAUCAGCUCAUUGGUCAGAGCGGCAGAGAAGACUCGUCCCCCAUUAACCCCAGAAGCCCCCAUAGUUACGGAUGAGUUAGACACCCCCAAACACCCCCAGCAAGUCUAUCUAUAUCUCCAUUUAUUUAUCUGUUAAUGUAUUACUGAUAGUCUUUGCAUUAGAAUUCAGUGUAGUCCAUAGCUUUUGUUUAUCCGUUGCAAAAUGGCAAUUAUACUCCUCUUAAGUUACUGAAUGUCGUGCCUCGCUACUUUUUCUGCUGAUUGAUGGAUUGAAGAUUCAAAUUCAUGAUCAUGACGGACUGAAUCUUUUUUGAAACCCCUAAUUUGAGUUCUCCCACCAUCCUGAGAACACAAUUCUCCCUUCUGAAUGCUCAAAAGAAGCCAAGAGGCCAUGAUUUGACGUCUUAAUCCUGUUAAUGUAAGAAUGAAGGCUUGUCUUCAACACCAUCCAGUGGCCUGGUCGUGUCUGCCAACUGACCUCCCCAGCAGCGGUUAUCCCACGGCUCAUUGAUCAAACACUUAAGCCCCUGAUGUGGAUUUCAACCUGCACUCUGAGCUGGAGCCCUGUCAAAACCAAUGUAUUCCCAAAGACCUCGUAAAUAACCCAAUGAACCCUUUUACCUCUUUUUUUUGUGCCCCCAACUUUUGUCAACUUUGAAACUCCCAGGUCGUUUCAGAACUGCAUGUUUAAUUUCAAUGUGAGCACUGACAUCCCUGGAAAAGUCCACGAGCUUUCAGCUGAACUGGGAAUUCAUCACUCAGCAGGACUUUGUGUUUCAGAACCACAGUUUACAUUUGAAACCAGCCACAUCACUUGGGUUAUACCCGAGUUUAAGAGCAUUCUGAGUCAGGACUUAACCACAUAAACUCUGUGCUGGGAGAGAAAAAGUAAAAGGUUCAGAAUCCAGUGCUCUGGAAGGAAUCCGGGUGCCCAAAGGAUCAGUUUCUGUGUUGCAUUAUAGUGGCCGGCUGGCCGACACAGCAGGCGGCAAAAUGAACCUUGGAGCCAUGGAUCAGCACUCUGUUUGACCACUGCGGGCAUUUUCCCUGCUAGAGGCCAAGUCUGAAAUAUUAGCCCUUUCACGUGAUUCAUAAGUUCUCCCUGCAAGUCAGGACUUUGGGUUGACAGCAGUUUAAUAAACCUGGCUUAAUCACUUCAGUCAUAUGUACCGCCACAGCAGGGGGAGGGGGCCCUGAGCCUCCCUUGGUCUGCACACUCAACACUGAUACACAAAUAUAAAGAGUAGGGCGCAUGGCUUCCACACAUUUGCACACAUGCAGCCUCGAAGGGUCAGUUCACCGAAAUCAGAAUAUAUUUUCUCGUUGGUAAUUUGCUUAAACUGGCCCUUUAACUGGUUCUGUGCCAAAAACAAACUUUCUAUAAAAGUACACUGAGUUGAUGCUUUAUAGCAAGGGACCAAUUAAGCAAAGUGUACUGAGGGAAUGGAGAAAAACUCUCAAGUGUAUGUCGUAGCGUUUUUACAAAUCAGUGCAGGUUUCCUCCUACGACCAGGUGUCCUCAGUUGGAGGCUGUAAGCCCAUGAGAUGUUUUGGGGGAAUCAUUGGCUACAUAUUAGAAAACUAAAAGCAAGUCCAACCAUUUGCAGUACCAAUCUUCUCAUAGAACACACUCGUCUUUGUAUAUGGUAAAUAACAAUUAUUUUUAAUUAGAAUAUACAAGAAAAGGUCAACUGGUCUUUACAUUUCCUUUUGGCAAUACCUGACAACAUUUUGUACCUCUUGUUGUUCACAGUGUGGUAAAUGGGAACAGUCCUGAGGCGACGGCUAAAAGCUCUAUUGUUACAGUGCGGGUUUCUAAUGAGAGACCACAGUGACCAAAAUGUUAGGUGUAAGAGAGCCCAAUUUCAAAUAUGUACACAAAAUAGCGUAGCACCCUCAAAAAUACAUGCCCUGACAUUUCCCUUUCUCUAUUUAUGUCCGUCUCUGAAAUGGUGGGCAGAUGAUGGACCGAGAAUAACUGAGGUCAAGCUCUCCUUGUAAUGCAUGAUAAAAUUUGGCCCUGGCCUAAAAACUUUCCAAAAAAAUGCAACCAAAACUAUAAAGCCCAUAUUUUUGGUGAGAAACAUUUUUAGAUUACAUACUAUUUACAUACUUCUAAACUUCUGUUCCAGGACAUUACUCCAUGGUGGCCGUAUCUUAACUUGCAGAGAGUCGUUGAGUGUUUUAUAGUAGGAAUACAGGACAAAUUGUUGGCCCACUUUCUGAUUUAUGUUCACCGUCAUUUAGCUGAGUAAUUUCUUCUUUUGUUAUUUUGCAUGUAAUUUCACAAACACAUAAGUUUGUAUUUGCAUUAGUUUAAACUCACCAAAUACCUGGCAAUACUUGACAUCAUAUAUUAUUAAUGUGUUCUUUUACAUCUCAGUCGGUGGGCCUUCUGUUUUUUUUUCUUCGACAUUUGCCCAAUUCUUCUUCGUCAACAGUUUCUUUAUAUAUUUAGUCUUUCCGCCCCAUCCGGCCUGUCUUUUUCUCCUCUAUCUGUAAUCAUUGAAGCCUGGAGGUCACAGGGUAAUAAUCAUUGGUCCCUUAGUCCUAGGUCCUAAUCUGUUCAAAGGCUUGCUGAGGUGAAACAUGCCUUUCUCUCAGCUGUAAUGGAGCUAAUCAAUGUCUCGUGACAAAUCAUUAAAAGGCUUUUCAAACGCUGGAAAACCAUGGUGGAUCUCUCUUCUUUUUAAAAUGUACGUUUUCACACGUAUUGUAUAUGUGCGUAUGUGUUUGAGCUGAAAUAUGCAGCCUAUCAGGACACUUAUCUCCUUUGUUUGAUCUGUGCUCUGGACCAUUGUGCUGCCAGCCUUUUUUGCGCAGUAUGUUUGUAUGACAUCAGGCAUUGCGUCACGUCAUGUUGUGUGAGCAAACUGUGCACGACCGCUAAUACCUCCCCGUAGAAACAUGCAGAGCUUUCGUGGCUCAUUAUUGCAAAGACACAUACAGUAGGAAUGAGUAAAAUGUUUCUGUUAGUUGUGUAAAAUAUAGGAAGAUCUCAGUAGCUUUACUUUGGCUUAUUUUCCGUUUGAAAGUCACGUGAUCUGCAGGAAAGCACUUUAAUGCAAACAUGUCAAUCGAUCGUUUCUCAGCUUGAAUUUCACUCACUGUAAUGAACUUGUAAAAGUUGAAUGAGGUUCCUCUUGUAAAUGUUGCAUUUGAGAUUGUCUGCGAAUGUGUGUGAAGAUGUCAGUGCGCUACAUGUGGUAUCAGGAUGUGUAUAUAUGUGUAU